GCAAGCAGCAGCUAGCUAGCAGAAGAAGCAACCAUGGCCAAUACUCGCGUCUUCGUCCUCCUCCUCCUCGCCGUCGCCGUCGCCGUCGUCUACAGCGCCGACGCGGCGACCAUCACGGUGGUGAACCGCUGCCGCUACACGGUGUGGCCGGGCGCGCUGCCCGGCGGCGGCGUGCGGCUCGACCCAGGCAAGUCGUGGACGCUCAACGUCGCCGCCGGCACCAAGGCCGCCAGGAUCUGGCCCCGCACCGGCUGCGACUUCGACGGCGCCGGCCGCGGCCGCUGCCUCACCGGCGACUGCCGCAACGCGCUCUCCUGCGCCGUCUCCGGCGCGCCGCCGACCACGCUGGCCGAGUACACGCUCGGCACCCCGGGCGCCGCCGGCGGCGACGCCACCGACUACUUCGACCUGUCACUGAUCGACGGGUUCAACGUGCCGAUGAGCUUCCAGCCGACGAGCAACGCGGCGCGGUGCGGCGCCCGGCGGCGCGGGCCGAGCUGCGGCGUGGACAUCACGGCGCAGUGCCUCCCCGAGCUGAAGGUGGCCGGAGGCUGCGACAGCGCGUGCGGCAAGUUCGGCGGCGACGCCUACUGCUGCCGGGGGAAGUACGAGCACGAGUGCCCGCCGACGAAAUACUCCAAGUUCUUCAAGGACAAGUGCCCCGACGCGUACAGCUACGCCAAGGAUGAUCGGAGCAGCACUUUCACCUGCCCUGCCGGAACAAAUUACCAGAUCGUCAUGUGCCCUUAAUUAAUAAUUAAGCUAAUAUAAGAUGUGAUAAUAAGGGGUAGUGAUCUUGUGUGUUGAUCACUACCAUUACCAUGCAUGCGUGCAUGCGUACGUGUUGUUCAAUAUAUAAUAAAUGAAUAAAAACUCUUAUCUUCAAUUC